AUGGUUUUAAAGUAUAUAUUAUUUAUAAUUGCUGCCUUAAUAUUCUUACCUUAUGUGAGUUAUGGAAUAAGGUGUUACGUUUGCGUGGAUGAAACCUGUCCUCAUCGAGAACAAUGGGCUGUUCAAAAUUGCGAAGUAGAGGAAACGCAGUGCUACGAAAUGCUCAACAGCUACGACAAAGUCUACCAACUUGGAUGUUUAUCGGCGGACCAAUGUACAUUACAAAAAGGAUUUGCUAAUGGAACCAAAUGUAGCAGUUGCGCAGCUGACGAAUGUAAUUAUGUCAAAGAUCCAUUAGCGCCCGAUGAAAAUCAUGGCCACGGACUUAUUGUUCGUGAUCAAUCGUCAUACCUUUCAAUCUACACGUCGUUAUUCGUUGCAACCGUUUGUACGUUAUUUAUGUUGUUUUAG